AUGAGGGCUAUAAGUUGGAACUGCCGGGGAAUUGGGAACCCCCGAUCAGCUCGAGCGUUGUAUGAUAUGGUACGACGCUGGAAGCCUAAGAUUGUCUUCCUUAUGGAGACUAAAUCAAAAGUAAAACGGAUGGAUAAAAUUAAAAACAGGAUAGGUUUUGCAAAUGGCCUUAUUGUUCCUAGUAGAGGUCAUAGUGGUGGUGUGGCCCUGUUAUGGACUCGAGAAGUUAACCUGGAUAUCAAUAGUUAUUCGGGAAGCCAUAUUGAUGCUAUUUUCAAGGAGUCUGAAGGCAAUUUUCAGUGGAGGAUUACGGGAUUUUACGGUCAUUCGGAAACUCACCGAAGGUAUGAAUCUUGGCGCCUUCUUGCUUUUUUACACAGUCAGUUCCAACUUCCAUGGCUAUGCCUGGGGGAUUUCAAUGAAAUAUUAUUAGUUAAUGAAAAAGUUGGGGGCAUCACUCGUCCCCAGCAACAAAUGGAGAGUUUUAGAAAUGUUGUGAACUUUUGUAGCUUUUUGGACUUAGGUUAUGUGGGAACUGAUUUUACUUGGUGUAAUAUGCAAGAGGGGGAGAAUAGAAUUCAGUUUAGAAUAGAUAGAGCUCUAGCUAACACUGAGUGGAUUGGGAAUUUUGAAGGAGCGAGAGUUUACCACCUCGUGGACUCAACCUCUGACCAUUGUGCUUUGUUUUUUACUAACUCUCCACCCCAACAUGUUUCCAACGCCAAACGCUUCCAUUUUGAAGCCCUGUGGUCAAAAAAUGAGGAGUGUAGAAACAUUAUCGAAUCAUCCUGGGGGAUGGGGGUGGACUUGAGUACACCGGAAGGUUUUAUGGUAAAUUUAAAGCGUUGUGCCUCGGAAUUAUCUAACUGGAGCUCCUCGGUCUAUGGUCAUAUUCCUAAGAAAAUUCAGUCAAAGAGGAAUGCUCUGAGCGCCCUAACGUAG